AUGAAGUCUGUGGUCCUUCUCGCCCUCUUCGGCUGCUCCAACGCUUUCCUCUUCUCGCUUCUCGGAGGCGGCGGCGGAGGCAGCGGAUGCUGUGCUCCACCACCACCGGCGUGCGGAGGAGGAUGCGGAGGAGGCGCUCCGGCCCCAGCCGCCGGAGGAUAUGCUGUUGCUCCGGCCGCACUUCCGCCACCGCCACCGCCGCCACCACCGGCGCCAAUCGGAUACGGAGGAUUCGGAGGAGCCGGAGGAGGCUAUCAGGCCGCCCCAGCCAUCGGAGGAGGUGCAUUCGGAGGAGCCGGGCAGGGAGGAUACGCUGGAGCCGGACAAGGAGGCUUCGGAGGAGCUUCUCAAGGAGGAUACGCCGGAGCCGGACAGGGCGGAUUUGGAGGUGCUGGACCAGCCGGAGGAUCUUACGCUGGAGCCGGACAAGGAGGAUUCGGAGGAGCCUCCCAGGGAGGAUACGCUGGAGCCGGACAGGGAGGCUUCGGAGGAGCUUCUCAAGGAGGAUUCGGAGGAGCCUCCCAAGGAGGAUACGCUGGAGCCGGACAGGGAGGCUUCGGAGGAGCUUCUCAAGGAGGAUACGCCGGAGCCGGUCAAGGGGGAUUCGGAGGAGCCUCCCAGGGAGGAUACGCUGGAGCCGGACAGGGAGGAUUUGGAGGUGCUGGACCAGCCGGAGGAUCUUACGCCGGCGCCGGACAAGGAGGAUUCGGAGGAGCCUCCCAGGGAGGAUACGCUGGAGCCGGACAGGGAGGCUUCGGAGGAGCUUCUCAAGGAGGAUUCGGAGGAGCCUCUCAGGGAGGAUACGCCGGAGCCGCUGUUCAGCAAGCACCUGCCGUCGGAUACGGAGGCGCCGUUGCCCAAUCCAUCGCCGUCGGAGGGGGACAGGGAGGAUACCAACAGGGACCAGCCGCCGUGAUCUCGGGAGGACAGGCCGGAUACCAGCAGCAGCAGACGGCCAUCGUCUCUGCUCCAGUGGCCGUCGUCGCUCCGGCUCAGCCAGCGCCAGUGGCUUCCUACGGAGAGCAGGCUCCAGCCGUUGUCGAGACCCAGGUCGUCCAGCAGCAGACUUUCGAGUCGGCUCCAGUUCAACCACAGGUAAUAGUGGGUAAUCAAGCUGUGAUUGCAUGAUUUCAUUUGCAGGAGAGCUACGGAGCUCAGGCCACCGAGCAGGUCAUCGAGACCUCGGCCCCAGUCGCCAGCGGAUACCGCAAGCACCUCUCUAAGGCCUAA